UGACUGUCGAGGUGACGCGCCAAUCAUUUUAUGACGGUUUGACCUUGAAGUGCUCAGCGACCUCCAUCAGUGGACGAUACCCCUGAAGCGUUGCCCCUAACAUCAAUCCUCAAAUGAAUCUAGCAUAUCUUGACGACAAGGAUGAAUGUAAUGACAUCGCUAUUGGUAUCGAUAUUUCAGAGGAUUAUAGUCAAACAAACAAUGUCUCUGGUGAUUCACUCAUUAAAAUGAGAGCACAGUGGACUGAAGAAUUAAAGCAAGUCGAAGAUGAAAUUCAAACACUGCGACAAGUCUUGUUAUCUAAAUUUCGUCGGCAGCAGUUUUUAAAGCGCCAGCUUGGUAUAACACCGAUUGAGGAGCUAAAAAGUGAGGUUAAACAAGGUCUGGAUACUUUGCGAACCAGUGAUGCAUAUCUUAAAACAUCAGCUGUUGUAAAAACUGCUAAGGAUAAGACAUCAGCUGCAUUAUUUGAGAAAUGGAAUUUAUUACGACAAACUAAUACAUACAAAUCCUUGGAGAAUAAAGUGGGUUCAGCGUGUCUCAAUGUUUACGGCAAAUUGACGCGUUCUAAAACAUUAUCAAGUGGUACUGAACAAAUUAGUAAUUCUGAAAACACUACUAAUACUACUUUUGCAACAGCAGAAAUCACAACGAAAUCGUAUAAUUUAAGGACAAAUAAUAAUUCAGUUCCUCAAUCAGUAUCAGUUAUAUCAUCAUUAUCAACGUCGUCGUCGUCGUUCAAUCCCAAUGAUUCGAAUGGUAAUGAUUACGAUGAGGAUAAUAUCGAAAUAAAUGAAAAUGAUUCUAUGCAUUUUGAUCAAUUACUCAACGACGAUAUAUUAUUGCAUUCAAAUAGAAUAGAUAAUAAGAAAUAAUUAUAAAGACCAUAAAUCUUAACUAUUUCACAGUACCCAUUAUAUAUUUAGUUUUAUAUUGUUAUGUUAUUCAACUUAAUUUUGUGAUAAAUGUACAUUUUGUUUUUAGGAUUAAUACAACAUAUCAAUUUUUCUUUUUUCCGGGGGGGGGUAUUUGUAACGCUAACUGUGAUCCCGUUAUCGUUUUUGUUCAUUCGGUUCUACAUACACUAAAUUGCUUUUUUCUUAAUUAUCGAAAUAGUUUAUCUGUGUUAAUAACUUUUUUGUGUUUAUCAUAAUUAUAAAUAUCAGUCAUUCUAUAUUCUUGA